UACUCACUAGUUCCAGUUCUCAAUCGGCAAGGACUCUUAUGUCGAUUGCCCUUCGGCCAAGACAAAUUUCUUUUAAUAAGUGUGAUUUCACAGUGACUAGGAUGGCAGGACACAGUGCUGUUGACGAAGCGAAAUUCACUGGACUUGCUCGGUACUUCAAUGGAGAAACAAGGCGAGGGAGAGCAAAUGUGGCUGGUGCAACGUAUGCAGGCAUAGCACUAGUUGCAGCUUACUUUAUGAUGAGGAAAAAGCCAAGCAAGAUGGACGCUGUACCACCAGCAACGAAGUAAACCAUGGUCAAGAGCAUCACUAGGAUAUUUUUAGCUGUAAAUUAAUUCUACCUACACUGUGUUGAAGGACAUGUGGUACUGCUUUAGUCAGUGGUCACCUUCAGAGAAUAUGCAAGGUCUACAUAUGAAUUCUCGCUACUGAAUCUUUUCUACGAGUAAAAAUGUCUACGAGCAGUUUUUCAUAUCUUGAAGCUAAAUUGGAGCACAACAAAUGUUAAUGUACUGUUGGAAGUUUAAAAGAUUAUAUCAUUGAACCUCAGAGACGUACAAUGUUCAAUAAAAUGUUUUUGUUCAUCUGAAUUA